CUAUUAUUAUUAUGUUUUCUUAUUUGCGUUACUGGCUUUACCCCUCGAGUGGGCGCAGGAUGAUGUAGCUUCUGUGCUAAGUGGCGUUCUCAUUACGUCUUAACUAUAUGCCCUCUGCUGCAGCCACUAGCUGGCUUUUCAAUAGAAACACACUUACCCUCUGAUAUCACAUCCCUUUUCAAUAAAAACCGAAACUUGUAACUUGGGACAGACACCUGAGAUAUCGAGGAAGACAUUAUUGACAGCGAGAAACAUGGCCGCUACCGCCGAAAAACAAACAAAAGAGGACCUUCCUCAGGACGACGACGACGACUACUACUCUGACAGCGCCAGCAACAGCGACUUCGACUACGACUCGUACUCAGAAGACGACAUUGACGAGCCCCAAACAGAAUCUGACCACAAGGCCCAAAACCAACGCCGAAGGAGGCCGCAACAGGGAACAGCGGUCAAGGGCCGCGAUAACCGCUCCUUUGACUACUACGACGAGAGCGAGGAUGAAUCCCAAGCCGUCGCCCCGUUUGAGCGCCUCGGCGGUGAUGAGGCAUCAAUGGAUGGCCCCGUCACGCGGGCUCGUCAAGAGCGCGGCGAGAUCCCCGAGCGCGGUGGCAAUCAGGGUGGUGAGAAAUUCCAGAUGGCGGAAGACUCGAAGAAGUCAAUCGAUGAUGAGGAGGGCUUGAAGCUCAAAUUAGAGCUGAAUCUGGAUAUCGAGGUUGAGCUGAAGGCCAGUAUCCAUGGUGAUUUGACUCUAGCGUUACUGGCAUAGAAAAUAGAUAGUUCCCGCUAUCAAAUACCACCAAUGGAUCAAUCGCUCGUCCAAGCUGUCUUGUUUUCACCAUUCGACUGUCCUGUCUUAUGAUUGUGACGCAUAGACCAACCUCAACAUAUACGAUUACAUGUUAUUGUACACUUCUCUGACGAUUAUCUCUAAUGGCAAUGAUGUUUCUUUUUCUUUUUGGAAUGACUGUUUAUGUUUGUUCAGCGAUGCGUGUAGAUACGAUGAACUUGAUAUUCUUAAUUAUACUCAUUUCAAUUCA